AUGCGAAGACGAGGAGUUCGAUUCCCCUGGGGGCUGACACUUGUGAUCCACAGAUCUGAUUCAUCGACCAGGAAAUUAUUGCAAAUGCCGCAAAAUUCGAAAACUAAUAGGAAGGAGAGCAUAGUUACAGCAACAGUGCUGGCUAUGCUUUCCUAUUCGGAUUAUCAGGAAUACCUCAUCGAUGGCGAUUUCUACAGCGCUGCAGGAGAACACUAUCGAAAACGGACGUUCUCGAACAUUCCGAUCCUGACUAAUAAAGGAAUGUGA